CUUAAGUAUAGCAAGUAAUGCUUGUAGUGGUGAUUUUAACUAGCCUUGGAAACAGUGGGAUUAAGUUAUCAACCGCGGCUGCCUUUUGCAUUUAGGAAGUGCUGCGUUCACUGUAAGUGUUCGGUGUCAUACCACAUUGGCCACGCAUCGGAAUACUUGGAUCGAAACCGUCGUUUCAGCAACUGCAGCGACGACAGUCUUAUGACCAUGCCAGCGGCCGCUACAGAGCAAACGCGAGGCACCAUGCCUUCAAACAUCGACCCUAAAUCGGCGGGACUUGACCAGGACAUCGUCAUUCGAGGACCGACAGAAAACCGUGUACGUCGACGGCAAUCCCGAAGACAAGCGUCGGUGAGACAUAAUCGGAAUUCCGCGUCGGACGAAGAGAACGACGGCGACAGCGGCUGCGCUUUGGAAGAAUACGCUUGGGUGCCACCGAAUCUAACCCCGGAUCAGGUCCGUUAUUACUUCACAUCUCUGCCGGAAGACAAGGUACCACUGGUUGACAGUAUUGGAGACAAGUACAGGGUUCGCCAGCUCUUACAUCAGUUACCACCGCACGACGACAAGGUUUGUUACUGUAAUGAUCUUUCGGAUGAGGAGAAACGAGAACUCCGUCUCUUCAGCGAGCAGAGAAAGAAGGACUAUUUGGGAUGCGGGAAGAUCAGAAUUCUUCCACUUAAUACUCCUGGAACUCCCUGUUCGGAGUGCGGAAUACUUGUAAAAGGGGGUGACAUCGUUGCUGUUGCUUCAAGAGCAGAGCCAGGGAUGUGCUGGCAUCCAGCCUGCUUCGUGUGCUCUGUGUGUAGAGAACUUCUAGUUGAUCUUUUUUACUUUUACCAGGACGGACGUUUGUACUGUGGACGUCAUCACGCUGAGACUUUAAAGCCUCGUUGCUCAGCUUGUGACGAGAUCAUUUUCUCCGACGAAUGCACUGAGGCAGAGGGCCGACACUGGCAUAUGGAUCAUUUCUGCUGCUUCGAGUGCGACCAGGUGUUGGGCGGACAGCGCUAUAUCAUGCGCGACGGGAAACCUAACUGCACCCAGUGCUUUGAAGCACUUUACGCCGAGUAUUGUGAUAUGUGCGGCGAUCUCAUCGGUCUAGACGCUGGGCAGAUGCAAUACGAAGGACAACACUGGCACGCGACAGAUAAUUGCUUCUGUUGCAACCGCUGUCGCAAGUCUCUACUCGGGAGGCCUUUUCUCCCAAAACACGGCCGAAUCUUUUGCUCGAAAGCUUGCAGCCUUGGCGAGGACCCUGGCCAUUCUGAAUCCGAUUCCCAGCAUAGCUCAUCGCAAUACGAGAACCCGCAACUACCAACUUCCCACAACGUACGCCGCAGCCUUAACCUUGACAAUCUUUCAAUCCAUGACAAACCGUGGGAAGACAAGGGCGAGCUGAGUCCUGCCUCAAACAAUGUUUUCAUCGAUGCAGCAGAUAUGUACCCGACAUCGGCUGCUGUAGCUGCUAGUACUCGGUACAGCAAAGGACAUACCCGACCGUCCCACCCCUACCUUGACGGUAUGGACCCUGUUAACGCAGAAAUGGGCACUGAAAACGACGCUGGCUUCAAAGGCGCGGCAACCUCAAGAAAAACUGUUACCAAUUCGGUCACAUCGCCUACCAGCACCGUAUCGUCUCGAACCACGUCGAAAAACGGCGUGCAGUUUCCACAGAACACCUACAACAGCACCGACAGUAGCGGUUACAACAGCAGCAGUACUUUAGACGCAAUCGAGCACCAACAAAACGCAGCACUCAAGGCCGCGAUGGGUUCAAACUACAGUUAUGGAAAAUCGAAGCAAACCCCAUGCUCAAAACGGCCCCAAAACGGCGAAGACGGUCACGUUUCAGCGACAGAGUUUACCCCAUUCCACCCUGCCGCGCCCCGAGCAUCGCCACCGACCAUUAUCGGCAGUCGGAAACUAGCGCCCGAAAUCAAAAAGACAAUCGACUCGCUGACUAAAGCGACCGAAAUAGACAACAAAUCACCACCAGUCAACGUAGCUUCUAUGCUGCCCAAGUCAGCGGUUCCCAUUCCCGCCCCUCGGGCCCGAUAUGCCCCUUCCUUAACCCCCUCCCCACCUAGCACCGCGGCAUCGGAGCUCACAAGUCCAUGGAUGCACAAAAGCCACGCUCGCACCGACUCGCCCCUAGACUCGCGGGAAUUUCCCUCACCUCCUGUCCCGGUCCCCUCACCCCCCACGGAGAGCAAGGAGCACAGCAGCCCUCUCCAGCGGAGCGUCAGCGAGCGACUUGCCAACAAACGUCGCAGCAGGGAACCCAUCAGUCUUCCUGAACAAACAAUAUCUGAACACCCACGAUUACGAUCAGAUGACAAACACGUUUCUGUCGAGAAUGAUAAAACCAGUCCGGAGUUAAAGAGCAUAUUGAAGAAAUCUAGAAACCCGUCCAAAUCUUUCCGAAACCGUGAGCGUGGUUCCUUGUCAGGAUCCUUAGAUCGCCUGGAAGAAUUCCACCGCAAAUCCGAUGUAAUGAAAUACGCCUCUGACGAUGAGGAUGGUGCAGGGUUCGGAGACGCACAAGGGGACUUCUCUAGUUUCCAACGCGGGCAACGUCUUUACAGCAGCGCUCGGUUCCCCGAAGAAGUUACCGAAAAGCCUCGAUCGCAAAAUCAAGGCGGGCGACCAAGAUCGCAGCACAGAACGCGUUUUAAGGAUAAUUCAGCGCGACCGAACGCACAGCGCUCUCAAUUGGACGAGCUCGAUUGCGCCAUCGCGCGACGAAAUCCUAAACCUGGAAAGACGUGCAGUAAAUUAUCUGGAAAAUCAACGUGCAGCAAAAAGUUAAAGCGAACACGAUCCACCGACUUCGCAUUUGAGAGGUCCGCAGCCACUCCUACGUCCUCCCGGAAGAACAGGAGGACCAAGAGAUUCGUUGAAGACGAAGAGGAGGAUGGGUGGUGUUCUACUUGUACAUCAUCCAGUGAUGAUAGCGACUACGAGCGCUGGGACGGUUUGGGAACUUCACCCCCAACAAGCCCACUCAGUGCUAUGAGGAGAGGAUCAGCCCCGGUUGGUGUUCGAGUCAACAUGACACGUCGUCAACCUCCCCACCCUUUCCUAGCCAAUGCUGAUUCGGCGCUCGCUGCAUCAGCAGCUGGCUUCAACAGCAAUGGAGUUUACCGACCUUCAAUGCCUCGCAAUUUCCACCACGUCGCAUAUGCGCUACAGGCGGAGACAGCAGAAAAAGCACUGUAUCGUCAUGUAACCACAAACGCCGUCACGAAAACGAGUGAAAUUGAUCGAAAAAGUUCCGAAACUAAAAGUUGGCGCUCCCAGGACGCCUCGUACCUCCCACGCGGUGGCAGUAAAGCACGCGAAUCCGCGCCCAUCGUCGAUACGAACACGUCAGCAUAAUUUUUCAGUCAAACAAUUGGUGGUGAUUGUGAUGUCACUGUGUAACGUGCACGCAUGUACAAUGCUUCGGUGUGACGUCAUAAUGUAGCUGGCUGUUUAACUUAUUCUUUUGCUUUUAUUUUUAAAUCAAUAUGUCGAAUCGAUUACUUACGAAUUUUUGGCAACCAGCAAUCUAUUUUCGGCAGAGUGCGUUCUUGUUCGAUUUGCUUUUUUAACACAAUCUUUGCUUUUGUGCUUACUGAAUCUGACCAAUUUUUGACCGUUAGCAAAUCGAUUUUUCUAUUCUCAAUUCGCGUUACCUGCAUUCGUAACUUUGGCAAACGAGCGAUGAAGUUCUUUUCCCAAUAUUUUCGCAUCUUACAUUUCUUGUGUAAAUCUUUAUAGAUAUCUAUUCGUUGGCCUAUUCCGAAGCCGCGAGCUUUGACGGACCAAUCUGUCCGUGCGUCACUUUGUCUUUUGUAUUCGUAACAUAAGCCAAUAGAAAAACGAGCACCAAAAAUA